UCGCUCCCCUGCCAAACCUGAUGGUGUGGCUAUAGUUAGUCGGCCUAGUGCCAGUAUAUAAGAGAGCGGAGGCCCCCUUCAGUAUGUCAGUCACAUCGGCUUGGCGUAGGCUUCUCCUCUCUCGACCAACCCCAAACUCCACAUAACCUUGAGAGAUGUCACCCAAGAAGGCCAAGAGGAGGCAGCAGCAGGGUGGAGAUGGCGGUUCCUCCAACGUGUUCUCCAUGUUUGAGCAGAGCCAGAUUCAGGAGUACAAGGAGGCUUUCACAAUCAUUGACCAGAACAGGGAUGGCAUCAUCAGCAAGGACGACUUGCGGGACGUGCUGGCCACCAUGGGACAGCUGAACACAAAGAACGAGGAGCUGGAGGCCAUGAUCAAGGAGGCCCCCGGCCCCAUCAACUUCACCGUCUUCCUCACCAUGUUCGGAGAGAAGCUGAAGGGUGCUGACCCCGAGGACGUUAUUGUGAACGCUUUCAAGGUCCUGGACCCCGAGGCCACUGGCGCCAUCAAGAAGGAUUU